AUGGCGGAGCUCGAGGUGGACGCGCAGGACGUUGUGCGACUUAUGCUGCAGUUCUGCAAGGAGAAUGGACUGAAGGAGACGAUGAAAGCUCUCCAGGACGAGUCUAAAGUAGCGCUCAACACCGUCGAGAGCGUUGAAGGCUUCUUAGGAGACAUCCAGUCAGGCAACUGGGACCUCGUGCUCGCUGCGUGCCAGAACCUGCAGCUGCCGGUGAAGAAGAUGAUGGACCUCCACGAGCAGAUCGCGAUGGAGCUGCUGGAGCUGAGGGAGAUGGACGUGGCACGAGCGAUGCUGAGACAGUCUGAGUGCUUGCUCAUCAUGAAACGAGAGGAGCCCAACAGGUACAUCAAGCUCGAGUCCCUCUGCGCCAGCCCCACCUGGGAUCCUAGAGAUGCAUACGAAGGAGGAGCGACGAAGGAAUCGAGGAGGUCGGAGAUAGCUAAGUCUUUCUCCACGGAGAUCAGCGUCGUCCCUCCUUCCCGCCUCCUCGUCCUCUUGGGUCAGGCGUUGAAGUGGCAGCAGCACCAGGGCAUGCUUCCUCCCGGCUCUCAGUUCGACAUCUUCAAGGGAACGACGGCGACGAAGCCGGACGAGUACGACGAGUACCCGACGAGGAACACUCACUCCAUCAAGUUCGGCAAGAAGACGCAUGCUGAAUGCGCAGCGUUCUCACCCAACGGGCAGUACCUUGUGUCCGGAAGUCUGGACGGGUUUGUGGAGGUGUGGGACCACGAGACGGGGAAGUUGAGAAAGGAUCUCAAGUAUCAAGCCAACGACGAGCUCAUGAUGCAUGAAGAUGCCGUCCUCUCCAUCGCGUGGUCGAAAGACAGUGAGCUGCUGGCCACUGGAGAUCAGUCGGGGAAGAUCAAGGUGUGGAAGGUGAAGACAGGGCAGUGCGUCCGCAAGUUCGAGAAGGCUCACUCGCAAGGGAUCACCUGCCUCUGCUUCUCUCGCGACGGCACUCAGAUCUGCAGCUCCUCCUACGACGCCUGCAUGAGAAUGCACGGGCUGAAGUCAGGGAAGAUGCUGAAGGAGAUGCGAGGACACACCUCUUACAUCAACCACUGCGUCUACUCCAUCGACGGGCUGCGCAUCAUCAGCUCGGGCAGCGAUGGCUACGUCAAGGUCUGGGACCCCAAGAGCGGAGAGUGCAUUUACAGCUUCAGGCCGAACCCAGCUGGGCAGACCGACAACCUCAUCGUCUGCGACCGGAGCUCGACCGCCUACGUCGUAACCAUGGCGGGACAGGUUGUGAAGACGAUUUCUUCCGGCAAGAAGACUGGAGGAGACUUCUUGAACGCGUGCGUGAGUAGGAUGGGAUCAUGGUUGUAUUGCCUCGCUGAAGAUCAGAACAUGUACGUCUUCAACAUUCAAGAUGGAAAACUGGAGCAGAUCACCAAGGUACACGAGCGCGAGCCGAUCGGUCUCUGCCACCACCCCCAUCGCAACGUGAUGGCGACAUUUGCGGAUGAUGGGCAGCUGAAGCUGUGGAGGGCGUAG